AUGGAUGUUUCCUCCUCCGGCUGCUCCAGGUUCCUCAUCGACUCCCUGCUCUCCCUCAGGCCGCCCGCAGCGCUCCUGUCCCGGGCAGAAGCUCCGGAGCUCAGCCCCGGCUGCUCGGCGCCUCCCUCCCCGCGCAGAGAGCCUGUUCCUCGGCUAGAGUCUGCGCUGCUGCCCGGUCCGCUGCAGCACCGGUCCGCCAGCUUCCUGAUCCGGGACAUCUUAGCGGACUGCCGGCCCUAUUCUGACCCGGGACAGGUCUGCUCUGACCCGGGACAAGUCUACUCUGACCCGGGACAGCUCUGCUCUGACCCGGGACAGCUCUACUCUGUCCCGGGACAAGUCUACUCUGACCCGGGACAGCCCUACUCUGACCCGGGACAGCUCUACUCUGACCCGGGACAGACCUACUCUGACCCGGGACAGGUCUGCUCUGACCCGGGUCAGUGUGAACUGGACUUCUCGGCUCCUCACAGCAGCUCUUCUUCUGACAGCGAGUCCAGAGACCCGGCCGGAGCCGCGGACCGGGCCGCAGGACGUCUGAAGAAGCCCCGUAAAGCUCGGACGGCGUUCAGCGACCAGCAGCUGUCGAGACUCGAGAGAAGCUUCAACACGCAGAAGUACCUGAGUGUUCAGGACCGGAUGGAGCUGGCUGCCUCCCUGCAGCUCAGCGACACACAGGUGAAGACCUGGUACCAGAACCGCAGGACGAAGUGGAAACGUCAGUCAGCUGUUGGUUUGGAGUUUCUGGCUGAAGCCGGCAGGAUGUUUCUACCGUCGCCCUUCCUGUUCCCCCCCGCCCCCCCCAGCCUGGACCUCUACCUGUACCGAGGCCACGCCCACCACCCUGCCCCCCACCUGCUGCCCCGCCUCCUCACCCACACGGAGCCCCCUUCCCCGCUGACCCUCACUGGGAAGACUGGUUCCUGA